AUGCCUCUCUCCUCUCCCCCAGACGUCAACCCCACCCCCUCACUCCCACUCGAGGGCACUGGGCGUGGCCGCUUACAUUUGUACUCGGCCGCUUCCCCGGCGCGUCUCUUUGUUGCCAGCUCGACCCCCCUCCCCCCGGUUGGUCGCAUGGCGGCUCUUCGUCUUUCCGCUCCCAUCAUCCCCGCCACCUGCACAAGCGCUCGAUGUUGCGUCGAAACUGAAGAAGGACGCAGUCGUCCGCGUCGACUGUGGUGUGUCGGCCUUGUACGCUUUACGAAUAAGAGGGGCGACAUGUACACCAUACACCGGCGACAACGCCCUGCGCGUGCUCAUCUACCAAUGCGCCGCCUCCUGUGUCCUGCACACGUGCUGCGCUGCUCAUGCACCGCUGCGCCUCGCGCGGUUGGCAGUGGAGCCGGAGGAGGUGUGCUUGACGCCCAUCGAGGAGGAGCUUCACUUCUUGGAAAGAAACAACGCUGUAGUGGCCGCUGCCGUCGGACAACGGAAGAAGCAGCAGCGGUGUAA